GGUACAACAGCACAGGGCACUUCCAGACGCACUGCAGAGGUGUGAGGAGGUUAUGUCCAAAAUGUUAAAUUCCAAUAUUUUGUGAGGUUACCGGUGCAGCUGGGCUUGUGUCUAAACAUUGCAAGGUUUCAAAAAUCACGAGAUUGUACUGCCACUGACAGCGGUGUUUGUUUGCUUUGUCGUUUCAAAAAGUAGCUUGAUGAGUGUCCAAAGUAACAUUGGAAGUUUGGAGGGGACGCCAUCUUGGUCCUAGCUCUCCACGUCCCCGACAACACCGGGGUUGCUUUCUCAGCAACAUAUCACGGCAGUGGUGAAGGCCAAGGCAGGUACCAUGGAGGAGCUGCACAGCCUGGACCCCCGGAGACAAGAGCUGCUGGAGGCUCGAUUCAUGGGUGGGGUCAGUGGCAGCACUGGGGGCAGCACUGGCAGCACCAGCGGGGGAACCAAAGCCUUGACAAACAAUGAAUGUUCAAAUCAAAGUUUUGGAAGCCUGGGGUCCUCCAGUGACAAGGAGUCAGAGAGCUCAGACGUGAAAAGGGGGAGCUCUCCUGCAUACUCGACUCCUGAAAAGAAACACUCUGAAUCGUCCAGAGGAAGAAAGAGGAAACCCGACACCCAGUCGGAGAACAGCCAAGGGAAGUCUAUUGUGCGAGGACCCAAAAUUAGUGAUUAUUUUGAUUUCCAUGGAGGGAACGGGUCCAGUCCUGUGAGAGGUCUCCCCUCUGUGAUCCGCUCACCUCAGAACUCACAUUCCCACUCUGUGCAGGGUUCCAGUAUUAGGCAAAACAGCUCAUCGCCUACGAGUCUGUCUUUUGGGGAACAUGUGAUGCAUCCAAAGCAGUUGGCAAUCAAAUGUGUGCAGACUGACCUGACGGGGCUCAAGUUGGCUGCCCUGGAGAUGAACAAGAACCUGGACCUUGAGAAAAAAGAAGGCAGAAUUGAUGAUUUGCUUAGAGCGAACUGCGAUCUCAGGAGACAGAUAGACGAACAACAGAAAUUACUUGAAAAGUACAAAGAACGCUUAAAUAAAUGCAUCACCAUGAGCAAGAAGUUGCUCAUAGAAAAGAGCACCCAGGAGAAGCAGGCGUGCCGGGAAAAGAGUAUGCAGGACAGACUACGGUUAGGCCAUUUUACCACUGUGCGACAUGGAGCCUCUUUCACAGAGCAGUGGACCGAUGGCUUUGCCUUCCAAAACCUAGUCAAACAGCAAGAGUGGAUAAACCAACAGAGGGAGGAUAUCGAGAAGCAGAGAAAACUCCUAGCCAAAAGGAAACCCCCAUCGUCCAGCAACUCCCAAGCACCAACCACAAACUCUGAGCCAAAGCAACGCAAAACCAAGGCAGUGAACGGGGCGGAGAAUGAUCCCUUUCUGAAGCCCAGCCUACCUCAGCUGUUGACUCUAGCUGAGUAUCACGAGCAGGAAGAGAUCUACAAGCUACGACUCGGGCAUCUCAAAAAGGAAGAAGCAGAAAUCCAGGUGGAGCUGGAGCGUCUGGAGAGAGUGCGGAACCUUCACAUUCGGGAACUUAAGAGAAUAAAUAACGAGGACAGUUCACAAUUCAAAGACCAUCCGACUUUGAACGAGAGAUAUCUGCUGUUACAUCUUCUGGGAAGAGGAGGCUUUAGUGAAGUUUACAAGGCGUUUGACUUGAUUGAGCAACGCUAUGCUGCUGUGAAAAUUCAUCAGCUGAACAAGAACUGGCGAGAGGAGAAAAAGGAGAAUUAUCACAAACACGCCUGUCGGGAGUACAGAAUACACAAGCAGCUGGACCACCCCAGAAUCGUCAGGCUGUAUGACUACUUCUCACUGGACACAGACACGUUUUGCACAGUUUUGGAAUACUGUGAAGGCAAUGACCUGGACUUCUACUUGAAGCAGCACAAGCUGAUGUCGGAGAAGGAGGCCCGCUCCAUCGUCAUGCAGAUUGUGAAUGCGCUCCGAUACCUGAACGAAAUCAAGCCCCCCAUCAUUCACUAUGACCUCAAGCCGGGUAACAUCCUGCUUGUUGAUGGCACAGCGUGUGGGGAAAUCAAAAUCACAGACUUCGGUUUGUCCAAAAUCAUGGACGACGACAGCUACGGUGCAGAUGGCAUGGACCUGACAUCACAAGGAGCAGGGACCUACUGGUACUUGCCUCCGGAGUGUUUUGUUGUUGGCAAAGAACCUCCAAAGAUUUCCAACAAGGUGGACGUGUGGUCUGUGGGUGUAAUCUUUUUCCAGUGUUUGUAUGGAAGAAAACCGUUCGGCCACAAUCAGUCUCAGCAGGAUAUCCUGCAGGAGAACACAAUACUUAAUGCAACCGAAGUUCAGUUUCCUGUCAAGCCUGUUGCCAGUAAUGAAGCAAAGGCCUUUAUAAGGCGCUGCCUGGCAUACAGGAAGGAGGACCGGUUUGAUGUUCACCAGCUGGGAAGGGAUUCCUACCUGCUUCCUCACAUGAGGAGGUCCAACUCUUCAGGGAACUUGCAGAUGGGUGCCGGUGGCUCAGGACCUGCCGCCUCCAGCAUCAUUUCGUACUGAGGGCUGGUCCUGGACUGACUGAAUUACUGCCCCCCCCAUGUGUGGGGUAGCGGAGCUACAUGCCAACUAGUGGUGUACGGGAGGACAAGAGGGGUCCGUUGGCCAUAGACACUGCAAACUGAAUGAUGUGGAGUUUGGCCUUCGCCUGGACUGUGCUGAGUUUCAAAUGGGUGUUUUCUAAAGACUAAUGAAAGGAUGUUUAAAGAACAUAAGUGAAUGACCUUGUAAAAGGUUGAAUAGAGCACUGCUACAGACAAAGUAACUUGAAGAAAUGUGACUGGACACUUGAGUUUGUUUUGCUGGUGGAAGCCUUAUAGGACCUUAGGGAUUACUGGCAGCCUGCCGUUUUAGAAUCGUUAACAUCCUCUUGCAAGGGUGCAAAUGCUUUAGCUGCGAAGAGUUUCCCUUUUCACCAUCAAUUUGGCUUUGUUUUUUGUUUUCAGCAAAAGUUUUAGGUUUUAAUUUGAGUUGUACAAUUAGCUAUGAGAAUGUAAUUUUAGCAUACAAGUGGUAUUGUCAUUUAGGCCCAGGCAGCAUACUAAUGUUGAAUGCACAAAAUAACCAAAUGUAGACAAAUGGCAAUGUACAGAAUAAUAUGCAGGAUGAUUUUAAAUAAUUUCUUCAAGAGUAAAUGUAUAUUUGCUGUACAGAAGAUUUUCAGAUUUGGAAUUGCAGCUGUACCAUGGUUUAACUAUUUCCCUUGUACAUUUGUCAUUCAUUUAGCUGCUUUUGAUGUUACUUUUUAAAGGGCUGUAUGAUCCACUUUGGGUACAAUUGUACAGUUCUAUAAAAAGAAUAAAUGAUGACUAUGAUAAUAAAUACCAGGAAAUCACA